GAUCUUUUUCUUGUUCGUGUUUUUGUUUCAAGAGCCGAACGGCUCACAGGGCUAUACCAAAAUAAAUAAACUGAACACUGCAAGUGAUAACAACAAUAAAGUGCAUCGCUUCCGGGUUCCCCCUCCUCGCCCUUUCUAUUCGCCCGCCCCCUCCCCGCGCUUGUGAAUGGCACCGCCCACAACGUCGACAGAUACAGCUGCUGUUGUUUCAAGCAAACCCCGGCGCGGAGCAAACCCCUCCCCCCCACAAACGGAUCCGGACUCUCACUACAGACCUCGCGUGACGACGCGUACGUAGGCGCAAUCCGCUCCGUGCUCGGUCGUAAUCAGCUCCGGGAUUUUAGUUUUUUGGAUUACCUCGCGAGGGGAGCUUGCAAUUCAUCGACGCGCGUGACGUCACCACACCACCUCUUCGUCGCCGCCGCCGCCGUCAAAGUGGAGCCAUUUGUUGCGCGAACGUCGUGCGAACGUCGCGCGAACGUUAUUUUUGUGAGGGGGGAAAUCCCCCUCCCCCCCACACCCGCCGUCCCCUCCCCCUCCCCUCAAAUCGCGACGUUUUGCGCGAGCGGUGGCGACGUAAGCGACGAUGUCUUUCCUCACAUUUGUAACAAGGUUCAUACAGCACAGUACAUAGGUACAGUUCACAAUCUUGACGGCGAAUUGCGUUGUGUUGAUGUGCAAACACAACGGCGGCACGGUCCGGUCCCUUGCGAGUGUAAGCCCCGUGUGGUAUAACUACCGUCCGUAGAACGUGUGCUUGUGCACGGUAAUGUUAAUUUCAAAAUGUGUAACGUUUUGUAUGUACCGGUACUGAUGUGGUACUUGCCGAUGACCGGUACCAGCAGCGGUUUCAAGAUCUGCCUCUGCGGACGAGGAGGCUCGUGAAGGACGCUGCCGUGCAGUUGGGGGAGAGGGCAAGAGGAGGAGGCGACGCUCACAACAACGAGCGGAGCGCCGGGCGGGAUAAAAUCGCAGAAAGUUGGUGCAGUAGGGCGGUGGGGUGGGUGGGGAGGAGGAGGUGGAGGAGGUGGUGCAUCUGCCCAGUCGCCUCAGUCGGUCAACCCGUGGCACCUGCUGGGGCUGUCCAGUGACCUCCUGCCAGCGGUCCUUCGACAACUUCACGUGGCCUCGAAGUGCACUUGGCCUGGCACAGCCGCUGCGGUGACGUCACCGCCUCUGAGCAGGUCACUGUUGUUGGUGGGUAUGCUGGGAGGGGUUUGUCGAUGCAUCUGACUCCAUAGAAAGCCGAAGCAAGUGAGGCGACGUAGGGGUUGUUGUGGUUGUUGCUGUAGCCCACGUGUUAAUGCGAGGAGGCCCACGCUCUGUGCGUGCGUCUCGCCCGGCUUGCCGUGGGAGUGCAACUCGUCGCUUGUGGUAAGUCCUCUGCUGGGUUAAGGGCCUCCUCCUUACGCUCGCGUGUGGGGUGAUUUGACCAUACUUCACCGGGAGUGACCCCGGGCUUUUGCCAGCGCGGCUUCCCAGCCUCGGCUUCGGAAACGCGCAUCGCUAAUAAGGCGACCGGAGUCGUAGGCUAUAUUUAAGUGCCGUCUUGCAAACUCGCCUCUUCAAUCUGGCCUUUAACCCCGCCUCAGUUCUGCCCGUUUUCCCAGCUGCUUCUGUUUUGUUUCCUGGACAGUGGCGUAUUGGGGGGUCUACGAAUGAAAUCCGCCUUAUAAACGUAAAUAAUUGUUGUUUAUUAUUGACCACACGGAGCCAGGCCGGAUUUUGCUAAAGCUGGGGAGGGAUUGAGCGUCGAUGUGGCAAUAUAGAAGUAGAGCACAGCGAUGGAUGGCACUGCCCUCUGUUGCCUAUAUGGCAGCGAUGUCUCGCCUGUAAAACCUCACACUCUCUAGCCAUAUAUUGCUGGGCGGCGAAUAUACAUUUUAGAAGUCCACAGCUCAAAGCCAGUUUAAUCUACUCGGGCUGGUUUUUGUUGUUGCCAUUAUGAGCCAAGGCCUGGGUAGGAAUAUUGCAAGGGCUGACAAUGUGUGGGCCCUGUAGGUGUGCAAGGAAUUUAGAUUGAUUUUUUUGGCCUAACAGGAGGUCGAGAGGGCUUUUAUGAGCAAUUUUCUAGGGAGGCUGAGUGCUCAUAAACGCCGAAUUUAGUAUAGAUAAUAAGUUUAUCAGAAAAAAAAACCCUGAAAUAUUUGCUCCACUGAAUAAAAAAAGGGUAAUGUGGUACACUAAACACCCUAACAUUUAAAUUCCGUGGCCUUUAACAAGAUGGUAGCCCAUUGAGGUCCCCUUGAACCAGGAGAGGGCACAUCGAGAUUAAUUAUCCUGUAAGCAAUAUACUUUAUUUAACCGAGUACAACGGAUAUUUCUCACUUGCAAGGGAAACUCUAUUGUAAGUCUAUUUUCACAUGGACGAUUAACCAUAAUUUUCAAUUUUACUUGUAGUCAUUUAUCACAUAGCAUUUGUGCCUUAAAAAAAGACAAAGUCUUUACUGAAGCAACGAAAAUUAGGUCUUUGAUGUCAAAUGUCAGUUCCUCCACAAACUGCCCAAAGCAUGAGCAAAGCCGAUUUUCACACUGGCCAACAAAAGCCGCAAGAACCACGGGGGAAAUUGAGGCAGCAGUAGAACUGACAAAGGCAGCUCUUUCAGGUGCCAAUCUUGGUUGUGUCUGACACAAGUUUGAAGCUUUGCUAAUGGUAAAAAAAAGACUUUAAAAUCACAGUGAGACUGCAUUGACAUCCACCGCACGGAAACAAACACCGUCAAGCUGUCGGUCACCCUAAACCAGAACAAAACUAAAACUGAAAGAACUGUAAAUGAAAUAAAAAAAAAACUCCAAUUGAUUCGACACAUCGAAUGGAAGCUGGUCACCACCACCAUCAUCAUCACCAUCCAUGGGCAGAUAGCCCAUAGGUGUCCACUGCACAUUUUGUCAUUUGUUUCGACUUUCCUCUCGUGCCAAUAUGCUUAGGUAGUGGGACAAUCUCCUGGCACUAAUCUCUUAUGUCGUCAAGCCGUUCUCUGUGAGCUCUUCCUCUCUUUCCGGUUGGUUCCGUUUUUCUGAACAACAACAACAACACGUAAAAGCUGGUGAGAAUGAAACAUUGAAACUGGAAGGAAGAAAAAAAACAAGACCGAAACGGGAAAAGUGCAACAAAUGAAGGCCGAAACAAACGCCUGGGACGGAAACUGUAACCGGAUCACGAUGGCAUCGUCGCAGCAGCAGCAGCAGCAGCAGCAGCAGCCGUGCGGGCGCUACGUGUACUGGUCGGACAUGGAGACGCUGGCGCUGCUUUCCAUCAUCGAGGGCAUGGGCGUCGUGUCCCAGCUGGACGCCAAGCGCCAGCGCAACGCGCACAUCUUCGAGGUGGCGCGCAUGCAGAUGGCGCGCCGCGGCUUCUUCCGCCCCAUCCAGCAGAUCCGCUACCGCUGGAAGACGCUCAAGAGCCUCUACCACAAGCAGAAGGCUGCGGCGGCGGCCGGAGUCCAGAUGACGUUCCGGUUUAUGAAGGGCAUGCAGCGACUGCUGGAGCCCAGCACGGUCACAGGGCCCUCUUCUCCUGCUCUACCUCUGCCACCGCUGGAGGGGCCUCCUCCCACCGGGCCGCUCCGCCGUCCUCGCGCUCCAUCCACCGACGCCCCGGCACACGGGUCGUCCGCAACCGCUUCGCCAUUGGCGGGAGGCGGAGGUGAAGAAGCGGGAAAGGUGGCGCUGCAACGACACCUGCACGAAGACGAACGCCCGCAGCCACAGCCACUGAAGGAGGAGGAGGAGGUUUGUCCAGCGGUGAAGGUGGAGCUGCUGGUGAUGGAGGAGGAGGAGGAGGAGGAGGACGUAGAAGUGGGGAUAGAGGCCAGACAGCAGCAGCAACAAGAGGAAAAUUCGGGAACGCCUGUCUGCGUGGUUUACGCACCCGGGCUGAAGGAGGAGGCGACUCCUCAGGAGGCAGAGUUCGCAGUGUCCGUCAAGGUGGAGCUGGCAGAGGAGGAGGUGGAUGUCAAAGCCAGGGGUGGAGCCCAUGCAUCCGCCAGGGAUGGCUUCUAUUCCACCACCUCGUCGUCGUCACAGCAGCAGCGACACCACAGAAGCGGGCGGCUGCUGCGGAGAGAAAGCACGCGGGUCAGGGGUCGUGACCUUGCCGCGACCCCCCCACCACCCUGGGAGGACGGACUGCAUGGGGGUAACGGCAAACGCGUGCGAGCGCGCAGUGGCCACGCGUCCGCGUCCCUGCAGCAGGAGCUGGUGCUGCUGAUGCGCGAGCAGGUGGCGCUGAUGCGCCAGCAGCUGCUGCUCAUGCGGAGGCUCGAGCGCAGGGAUGAACGGCGGCGCUCGUGGCGGACGCGGCGCGGCCUCCCCCCCCGCGCAGGGCCCCUCUGUUCCACGCCGGGCCUCCCGCCCGGCCGACCGCGAGGCUCCCCGGGCCCCCGCGGUCGACACGGCCCUCCAGACCCCAGGACGCCUCUCGCCGGGGUCGCCGCGGAGACGUCGAGGACAGACGCGGGCGGACGAGGAGUUCGCCCUGCGAUGGAGGGAGACCGCGCCGCCAGAGGUUCUGACGAAAAGACGGCUGCCGCUACGGGCAAGCUGAGCGUCUGAGACGGAAUAAAAUGCUCCUUGAGGAAUCGACUCAAAAAAAAAAAAACACUAAACAAUUUUUAAUUUUACCAGUUAAGGCCCGCUGACUCGUAUCGCUGUUUUUAAGAAGCGACCUGCCUGUCACAAAUGAUGGCUCAACAAAGUGGCUUAUCGUGUGGACAUUUACAGCAGCCAAAUACUUUAAACGCGUGACGUUGAUUCUGAAUGCGAAGGAAAAAAGCGGAGGACCUGGAGAAAAAUCCACACGGCCACAGGGAGAAAUAUGCAAGCUCCGAAUUUGUAGGCGUCAAGGUCGUUCGGGAUCGAACCCACAACCUCCUGUUUACCAGGAGAGGGAUUUAACAUCUUGCGGAUUCGUGCAGCGUCUUUGCGGAGAGAAGAAUAUUUAUUCCUGGAGAAAUCCGAUCAGCUAUGAAGCUCUUUUUCACAGAUGUCCAGUAGGGGCAGGUCAGAACGUUACAACAACAAACAGUGCAAAACACAAUAGGAGUUCAAUGUAUAGGAAAGGUAAGCAAAUCACCAAUAAAUAAAUAUAUAAAAUAGAUAAAGUAUACAAGUUCAAAUUGCAUAAAUACACCAAUUCCCAAGCUUUGACAAGACAGCAAAACAACAGCAAGGAAUAAUUGCAGACCACAGCAAGACAACAAACACAGUCCCUCAAUAUCCAUCAGUAUCCAACACGAGAUUGUUUUGAGAAGCGAUGAACUGCUGGAAGUGCGGAAGCCGACGGGGUACCUGUUGGGGCAAGACGCGUCUUUGUAUCUGCGACGUCGAUUUACCACUGAUUCGUGUGUUCCCAAGUUUUGGACAAUACGCAAAUCAAUGUGGCCAAUUUUCUUCAAUAGUGAUGAGUCCGUGAUGGCAACACAACUUGACACUUAAGUUUAAAUCAUGCAUAGAACGUGAACACAUGCAAAAUACACAAACAGUAAAAUAAAAUAUGAAUUACCAUAGUCUCCACAGUGCUGAUAUUUACCCCCUGCACCAGGAGAAUGUAUGAUUGUUGAACUUCUUCCGCACCGUACAUAGCCAACCGUGCUAAUUGGAGGUGCGGAGAAGCUCAUGACCAGUGCUGUUUUCACGAUUGAUGUUAGCCAUGGCCAGGAGUUGAACUUGGACCUCGACGUCUGUAGUGCAGAUUGCUGACCAUCAUUACAGCACUACUCCCCACUGAAACCACAAGGAACACGUGAAUGUAUAAAUUAAUGGACUGCACGUGUGUGGGUGUAGGCUUCGACAGAAAUGAGCAAAUAUUGAUAAACGUGGUCUUCAUUGAAAGGUCAGAGGGCAACGGAAUUGGCUGGGUGACCCUUGACCUUGAGAAAUGAAAAUGUGUACUGCCGCACGGACUGACCCAACUACUGAGAUUGCUACGAAACACUCUCUGCAUCGCUUUUAUUUUUUCCUUGCUGUAGAUUUUUCGGUACAGCCGCGGUGCAAAAAGAGAACGUAACUGUGAACUGAACCCCACCUUUACCACCACCACCACCACCGGUCCGACAGUUUGACAAUCGGACGCUACAGAUCGAAAGUAAUGGAGGUGUUGGUCAACCAAUCUGUUACGUUUAUUUCGCUAAUUGUUUAUUAGAGAGCAUCGUCGCUGAGUUUUUCCCGUGGUAGGAUGGACUUUUAGCACUAUUCAAGUGCACAUAGUGGAACGUAUGUACGUUGAAUUAUUUUGCAUCGUAUGUAGCCAACCGUGCUAAUCGGAGGUGCGAGAGAAGGACAACAAACUAAACACAAAAAGCAGUUGUAUGGGAAUUAGUUUUCAAUCUAGAUUUCAAAGUGCACAACUCCAGUGGCUUGUUAAUAUCGGAAUAGCAUUCCAGAUGGCCGCAGAAACACGUCUGAAAUCACGCGAUGCAGUGACCAUCUUUGUUCGAUGGCAAGCCACAAGCCGCUGUGAGGAUGACCGGAGUUUGUGCGAUGGGCAAUGCCCUUUGACGAGAUGUAACAGGUUAGGAGAUUGAGUUCAUUAAAACAAACUCACAGUCCCUUUCCUCAAUUCAUUGCAGUAUGAAAGCCUCCCCAUGCCGUGUCACCACAUUGGUCAUGAGGGUUUUGACCAUACUUUACCACGCUGGUCAGUGCAGGACCAUUUCAGAUAUCACUCGCCAUCGAUGUUAACCAUGAACAGGAAUAGAGAGCACCCCCUCCAGAUUAUAUAGGUUAGAUCUUGGCCUACUCUUGCAUGCUGGCCGGACGCCUUAGAAGAGGUGGGAGUACCCACACUUUACCCCACCACACGCGACCCGGCCAUUUCAUACUGAUUGGUGGACAUCGAUGGAGGGGGAUUUUAAAAUAAAAAGACACGUUCAUUGUUUAAACUGCCGCACUGGGAGAUGGAAUCGAAACUGGCAACAACUGGAUUGCUAGUCUGUUGUGCCACCUAGGGUUAACUGCAACGUCAUUUGUCAUACGAUUUUAAUACAAUGUUACAUUUCACGAUCUCAUGAUUUGUCGUAAUAUCAAUUUUCCUUAACUGUAUAAUUGUAUCACCGUGCUAUAUUAUAAAAAAAAGUUUUGCUGGCUGGCGUGGAAAGAUGGGUCACGUCCAACGGACGUGCAGGCCUCCAAGUAGUUCAAGAAGAUAGCUUAAAAGUCGGUAAACUGCAGUUCACUCGGCAUUAACCUGCUAUGGGUUUUCCAAUGGUUCUUACUUCAGAAUAUACAUUUCACCCUCAACGCAGGGUUGCUGUCAGAUGACGACGUCGCAUCAUCACUGUGUGGUCAGUUAUGCCGGAGAACGUUUUUUUUAAAAAGCGCUAAUUUAACAGGUGACGGUAUUUUGUUUGAAAUAGAUACGAACUUUUAUUAAGAUUGUGUACAAAAUAAAAUAAUUGCCGCAGUUUUGCAAUUUCCUAUAUCCCGUCAGGGAAACGAAACGUUUUUAAGGAACCGAAUUAAACGCGAUGAACG